GUAGGCAUGUCUGGAGAGCAAAGCAAACUGGCUGUGGACCGCAACCAUUAAUGCCCGUUGAAAAUGGUUUUUGCAGUCUUUCCAGGUAAGAGAAGUAUAGUUGAUAUAAAUUUUUUAAAAGGAAAGUGGAGUUUCUUAGGUAACUCCCAUUCAGCAACUUUGCAAAUGAAUAUUGCAGAUAUGGUAAUAAAUAUCACAAGACUUUGAAUUAAUUUUGUACUAAAAGACAUCAUCAUGGGAGCAGACUUUUGUGAGUUGAUUUAAAUUUACUUUAGAAGCUACUUCGUUUCAAACAAAUUGAAACUUUUAAGUUAAUUUUGUACUCAUUACAGUAGUAUUUCACUUAAAUGUUUUCAAUAAUUAAAAUAUUCUUAUGUAAUCCUAAGCAAGUAUAAAUGGCUACAGUUAUUUUUCUAUGUAUGUAUUUUUGUAACUGAUUUGGAACGGCAUUUUGUAAUGUACUAAGUCUUAUCCUAUGGCAAGAUUAUGUUGCCAGAAAGGAAGUUUAGUCAAGUUUUUCACCUGCUGCUUUGUGGAAAUAAUGUAGGAGUCGCUCUUUCAGUGUAUUGGAGAGGAAAUGAGGGACAGCAGAUUUUCUUCUCACUUUGAGAUAAGCCAGAAGUUCCCAAUUGUUGAGGUCUGCUUUCCUAAUGAGGCACACCAACAUUUGAGCUAAAGUGCCGAGUGGAGCACAAGCUGAAAAGCUCUACUGGGAUUAUAAAUGGGGAUCUAUGCUGCCAGCGUUGGUGGUGAAGAGAGGUUUGUUCUAGAAAGGUCAAGGACAGCUGAGCUGAAGUGGUAGGAAGAACUAAAGCAAGUGUGAUAAUGUAAUUAAGUAAAACCAGAUUCUUUGAAUAAAAUAUUAUGUAAAAAUAGAAGCCUUGCACUGAUUCAUAGAAUACAGAAUCAAUUUCACUGACCGUUUAAAUAUUACAUUUUAUGCUGAAGUGAAUCCAGAGCAGCAUAAGAUAUGCUAAUAAAUCUUAUGUGCAGUUUCAAAAUGAAUCCUUUUACAUUACCAUAAAACUUACAUUGGCUAUUCAUAUUAUUUUUAUUUUGCGAAUUGCAACAUAACAUUGUAACCAAUGUUUAUUAAGCUUUCUUCAGAAAAAUAGGGAAAUAUGGAAAGUGGAAAAAACCACUUUUCUAAUGGCAAUGUGUAAUUGAGUGAUCAAUUAAAAAGAUUAUUGGUAUGUUCUAAUUAAACUAAAGUCAAACAUUGUAGGUUGAGUUUGACAAUAACUGACUUAGAUUCCGAAGUGACUCUAGAUUUGCACUCAAUUUCUAUUCUUGUAUUAAAUACAAGAAUGUCUUAAGAAAGCUUCUAAAAUUAGACAGAUGUGCAAACAGCUUGACAAAGGCUACUUUUAAAUUAUUUCCAGAGUGCAGAAUAGUAGUUUUGUGCAAACAACUGAAUGUUGUAUAACAGGCUAAUUCUAAGUUUUUCCUCAUCUUUGGACAGUAGUGGCCUUGUAGAUUUGUGUAUAUGCAUUUAUUACUUAUUUGACUUUCUUGAUUUCCCACCUAGCUUAUAACACUUUCCUUGGAAGGCAGAGAAUGAAGUUGAGUAUUUGAUACUUUCUCCCCUCCUGUGUAUUUGCCAUCUGGUAAAACUGAAGGGUAGAAAUGAGAUGUGACUGCAAGCAUUAAGUAAUAGCAGAAAUAACAUGGAAUUGGGGAAAAAAAAGCCCAACCCAAACUGUACUGGCUUACAAUGAGAGCUGUAUUACAGUCACAUUUCCACGAGAAGAAGAAUAAGGUUACAGGAAUAUUGGUUAUCUAUGUACAUAGCUUCAAAGGCCAAUGUAUGUACAACUAGAAUUCAUAGUCAAAACUUGACGUGAAGAGGGGAUUACGGGCACACUGUCCAAAUAAAGUCAAAUUGAAAUUACCACUGUGGAAAAUCGAAGAUACACAAACUUAGCACUUAUUUUUGCUAUUCCUUACUGUACUCCUGCUUAAAAAGUGACAGCUAUUGUUUUGCUAAAGUAAAAAAAAAAAGCAAAGUGUAAGCAGUGUAAUCCUAGUCCAAUAUAAGGAAAAAUAAAAAAUGGGAGAGGGGUUGAAAACAGUGCAAGUAGAAUAUAGGAAAAUUGCAAGACUCCUCUCAUAUUGCUGCCUAGUGGCUUAUAGAAGACAAAAAUGCAGUUUGGGUGCUUUUGUAUCAAGAAACUGAUUACACAAAAUAUCCAUGAAGAAUAAUUUUCUGAGGCAGCUGUCAGGUGCAGAAACUAAGAAUUACACAACUCCUAAGCUAGCACUUAUCAAGUGAUACGACAGGUUGAUAUUCAUUACUACUUCUCCUCUUAAUUUUACUCCCGAUUGACUUUUGCAGCAGCUACAAGUUCUUUGAAACAAACAGGUAGAAUUGGAGCUGCAUCAGAAAAGAGCCUGAACCUAAUUAGUAGUAAUUUGUAUUGGUGCUAGUUCUAAUGUUGCUAUUCAAAAGUGGAUUAGAAGACAAAGGAAGGAAAAACGCUAACUGGAAUUUCCCAAAAUUAGUCUUGGAUUUUCUAUCUUUUAAAUCUCUGUAGAAAAAUAGAUUUAUAGUAAACAUUCUAAAUGUUCGAAUGUGGUUUCUUCUUCAAGCAAAUCCAUGGUGUGACUGGCUGCAUAAGCCAUUGCUCUUCCUUUUGUUGGUGAUGCUAAGAAUUUCUGUGCUUUAUAUUUUCAACUCCUGUAGCUGGCUAGUGAAAUACUUGCAAAAUCUCACGUCCAUAUUCCCCUUGCUCUGGGAGAAAUGUUUCACUGUUUGAAAGAAAUUGAAAUAUGGCUGUGUUCCUUAAAGUAAGAUUAAAAAUUCUAAACUUUACUAUUAUUUUAUUAAGAGAAGUUUGCCUUAUGCCAGGUCGGUUCUGUCUAGCCUUCCAUCUUAAAAAGUUAGAAAAUAAUUGAAAUUGGCUUUAUAAUUUGGAUCGAUCAAGAUUGAUUUUCUUCAAUAGGAUGAACGGUAACAGAUUUUGCCUACAGCUACUAUAAUGGUCGACAAAACUUUGAGUUAGAUGUGGCUGUUGUAACUGCAAGUACUGUUUUCUCAGCAUUCUGGAUAUGCUGGAUACAGCUCAACUGUUUGCUUCAGUUCAGUGCUUAAAGGACAAGUUAGUUGAUCACCUGUUGCAUUUAAAAAACCUUUAUUGUUUUGAAGUUCAGUGUGGUGCAAAUUUUCCUGAUAACUCAAAUAGCCCUUUUUUGGGAACAAAUGUUCAUGCUUAAACCGUUGAAUCUAAAAUUUAACAUGUUUACACUAAAUCUUUUUUUAUACACACAUAUAUAAUAACAUUGUUACAACAUCACGACUGUUAAUCUUGCAAUGCUUGACUAAGUUAAAGUAAAUGAUGUUCUGACCACUGUCUACAUUUGCAUAUGACUUAAAUGAAAUGGAACUAUGCAAUACUGUGAAGUUGUAAACUGUAGUUCAGUUAAUUUAGUAAGCAAAUUGAAUAUGCAUAUUGACAGUGUUAAGUUUUUUAUAAUUGUGCUGUAAUGGGUGUUAUGCCUGAGAUGACAAGAUAGCCUGCUGUUACUCAGAUUUUGGAUUCAAUAACAAAACUUCCUUAUAUGGGUGUUUAAAAAGCCUUAAAAGCUUUGAUGUUAUCAAAAGUAUGCUACCAUUACGGUGAAACUAAUAAAAUAUUGUUCUGGACUUAAAAAAAUCCUAAAAAUACCAAAUAUUGUAGCCACAGUUGUCAUAUCUAAUUUUUUGUGAUAGUUUAAUGUAAUCUUGAAACAGAAUUACCUGUUUUUACCAUAAUGCCAGCCGACAGCUUUCUCUCCCAGUACUGUAACACUUCUGUUACAAGGAAGGAAUUAGAAAUUGGACAGACUGUAGUAGCUAGGCUUAUUCUACUUUUCAUUACUCCAAACGCUGGUAGCAACUGCAUUCUGAAAUGAAACUAUUAUCUCGUAUUGAUCCAGAACCACAGCUAGGUAGAUUUGACGUCCAGGUAUGAGGGGGUAAAUCCAAAUGUUGAAACCUCAGGAAACUUCUUAUGAGAGGAAAAUAGCCAGGCUAUCACAGGAGGUGCUCCUUAUUUGCGAUAGGCUUCCUUUGUACAACUUGAUGUAAGAAGGCUUUCCUCCUGCCCAGCAUCUCAAAGGUGGAGAAAAUGUAAGCAAAGAAAAGCUUGUAUAAAGGAUUUGUCUAAUUUACCAACAUUGACAAAAUGUGUGAUUUUUAAGCCUGCAUUCAAUUGAUAAAGUAUGUUGGAAGUUCCACAAAGGGUUUAGUAGAAGAUUUCUUGUCUUCUUGCUACAGUUGAAAUGGGAAACUAAGACAACGAUGAUGUCCUGCUCUCUAAGGUAAUGCCUCUCUAAGUUUCUCAGCUGUGUGUAAAAACACAGAAGGCUUUUCCAAUAUAUAGUAUUGCACCUACUAGGCAGUAUUUUAUCUAAAACUAUUCCUCACGAGCAAAACAAUGUAAAUUUCGUUUCAGUUAGAUGUUACACUACUCCACUUCUGAAUUUGACUAGUGUUGAAGAGCUCCACUACCAAAAACCCCUCCAAACACUAAAACACAACAACUGCAACAGAAAAUUCCCCUCAAAAACCACCCAGACUACCCAGUACUCCCCCCCAGGGUGCAGUACAUUUCCAUCUACUGGAUUCCAAGCUACGAAAGUCCCUUGUUAGAAUACAUGUUUCAAUGUGCCUGUGCUUUACUGUGCUUCAAAAGUGUUCUUGAUGUCUGGGUUUUAACACUCAAGUGUUAGCCAAAAUGAUUAGGUUGUAUAGGAUCAUGCUAAUCUAUUCCAAGGUUUUCAGCACUUUAUUUUAAAGCUUCAGAUUAAGACACCAGAAAAUAAGUGACAACUCAAAAUCCUGGAAAAUUGUUUUUACCUACUUGCUGCUAUAAUUAUUCUGUGGAAUGCUAACAAAGUACAUCAGCAAAUGUUGUAUUAACAGUUUAGUUGCCAAAACUUAUUGUGUUGCAAGACACCGUCUUCAAAAAUUAUUUCUUCCCAAAUUUUCAGGGAUGCAAACAGGAGGCAGUAAUUGGUAAGCAAAUACCUUGCUCUGUAGGUUCUCCAGAAACAACUAGUCAUAAUGCAAGCAAGUUUUGCAACCAGAGAAAAAAGUAUUGUUUCUUUCUUCAUGAAGAGUUUUAAGGUUGCUGUCAGUAGUUUUCCUGUGUCAGAGGCUUUUUGCUAGCCCUGUCUCAUUUCAUACCAGAAUUUUAAAGUGGAAUCUGACGGCUGUAUUCUGCAAUACUCCAGUUCCAGCACUAUCACAGACUGAACUACUCUUGUGCACAGCGCAAAUUACCAACAGCUACAGUUUAUCGCCGUUUGAGGCUGGAUGACAUCAGUACUGGGAUUAAUGCAUUAUGCCAUUCAGACUCCUUAACUUUGGAAUUGGUGCUUCAGUCUACAGACCCUGCUCUCAAUGUAAAGGAAGGUUGCUGGAUCAUACUGCUGCUGUCUGCCAAGAGCAACAAACAGGAGUUACCUGCAGAAGUGAAAAGUAGUAUCCUGUUUCAAGGCUAGUGGGGGAAGUCGAACAAAUCGCAAUGAUGAAACCGAAAGGCCAGACUGAGCAUGAUGAAGGCAUGCUUGAAUACUUAGAAGACUUAAUAGGAUCUGCACGACUGAAAAAUCCUAUCCAAACUCUGUGUCGCAGAGUAGAGAUUUUAAAUGAACAGAGAGGAGAAAAGUUAAAUAGAGUUAAAAUGGUGGAAAAAGAAAAAGAUGCCUUGGAAGUGGACAAGAAUAAAGCCAUUGAAUUUCUUUGUUUGGAAAACAAAAUCUUUAAAGAAAAGAAUAAUAUCUGUCAAUACUAUAUCUAUGACCUAAAGAAGAGAAUGAAUGAUUUGGAAAAGCAGAAAGAAGAAAUUAACAUAGAAACAAAAGAUAUUAACGAGAAGAGUACUAAACUUGCAGAUGAAAUGAAAACCAAGAAACAAGCUUUAAAAGAACUUGAAAAGAAACUCAAUAAAAUUACAAAGUUUGUAGAGGAAAAUAAAGAAAAAUUUACUCAGUUGGAUUUGCAGGAUGUUAAAGUAAGGGAAAAUAUAAAACAUGCCAAAAGCAAGGCUAAAAAACUGGAGAAGCAACUUCAGAAGGACAAAGAAAAGGGAGAAGAAUUGAAAAAUGUACCUUCCAAUAGUGAAAAAGCUAUCAGAGAAGCGACAUCUAAGAAAGAGCUUCUUGAAAAGACAAAAGAGAAAGAAGAAGAAAAGCUCAAGCAGGUUAUGGAUAGCCUUAAGAAAGAAACACGAGGACUUCAGGAAGAAAAAGAGAGCAAAGAGAAAGAGCUUAUGGAGUUUAGUAAAGCAGUGAAUGAAGCACGCUCAAAGAUGGAUGUAGCCCAGUCAGAGCUUGAUAUCUAUCUCAGCCGUCAUAACACUGCUGUGUCUCAGUUAAAUCAGGCAAAGGAGGCUCUGACGACUACUUCAGAAAUCCUUAAAGAGAGGAAAGCUGCUAUCAAAGAUAUAGAUAUAAAACUACCACGAGCUGAAAAGGAAUUAAAGGAGAAAGAGAAAGAGCUUGAGAAGUUGGGGAGAGAAGAAUCAGGUGCUAAGAAUCUUCUUCGAAAUCUGCGUCUAAAAGUAGAAGAAGCCAAAAGUUCUUUAGCACUAAGUCGCAGUCGGGGAAAAGUGCUUGAGGCUCUGCUUCAGCAGAAGAAAUCUGGAAAUAUUCAUGGACUAUAUGGAAGACUGGUAAAUUUGGGAGCUAUCAGUGAAAAGUAUGAUGUUGCUAUUUCAUCGUCCUGCGGUGCCUUAGACCACAUUGUCGUUGAUACAAUUGAUACUGCACAGAAAUGUGUGAACUUCUUAAAGGCAAGAGGAAUUGGUGUUGCCACAUUUAUAGCCCUGGACAAAAUGGCUGUAUGGGAAAAAAAACUUCAAAAAAUCCCAACUCCUGAAAAUACUCCUCGGUUGUUUGAUCUGGUGAAAGUAGACGACGAGAAGGUUCGCCUGGCUUUUUAUUUCGCAUUACGUGAUACCCUAGUAGCUAAUAACUUGGAAGAAGCUACCAGAAUAGCAUUCCAAAAAGAUAAAAGAUGGAGGGUGGUAACACUGCAAGGACAAAUCAUUGAACAGUCAGGAACAAUGACUGGUGGUGGGGGUAAAAUAAUGAAGGGCAGAAUGGGUUCCUCAGUUGUAAUGGAUAUUUCGGAAGAAGAGGUCAGUAAAAUGGAAUCUCAGCUGCAGAAGGAUUCUAAAAGAGCAGUACAGUGUGAAGAAGAGAAACUACAACUUGAAGAAGCCAUAAGAAGACUGUGCCAGGAUGUUCAGGAAAUGAGAAAUACUUUAGAAAAGUAUGCAGCAAGUAUCCAGAGUUUAUCCGAACAAGAAAUUCAUCUAAAAACCCAAGUUAAGGAACUUGAAGCAAACGUAAUUGCUGCUGCUCCGGACAAAAGCAAACAGAAGGAAUUGGAAAAAAACCUUAGUAGUUAUAAAAAAGAUUAUGAUUGCGUUGCUGAGAAAGCUGGUAAAAUAGAAAAUGAAGUUAAACGAUUACACAACCUCAUAGUUGAGAUCAAUAAUAAUAAACUUAAAGCACAGCAAGACAAACUUGAUAAGAUCAACAAAGAAAUAGACGCAUGUACUUCAACUAUUACUAAAGCUCAAGUGGCAGUCAAGACUGCGGAAAGAAACCUGAAAAAAUCUGAAGAGGCUGUUCUUUGCACGGAGAAGGAAAUUAAAAAUAAUGAGAAAGAAAUUAAAGACUUGACAGAAGAGCUGACUACUCUAGAAGAAAAAGCUACUGAGGUUAUAAAUGACUGCAGGCAAGCUGAAGAAGCGUUGCCAGCAGUUCAGGAGGAGCAUCGCGGUUUACUCCAGGAGAUUAAAACUAUUCAAGAUGAUGAACAUGCACUUCAGAAGGAAGCUCUUAAUAUUAAGCUGAAAAUUGAACAAAUCGAUAGUCAUAUUUCUACACACCAGUCAAAGAUUAAAUAUUGGCAAAAAGAGAUAUCAAAAUUAUCGCUGCACCCCAUAGAAGAUAAGCCACCUGAAGAACUUCCAGUACUAAGUCAAGAAGAGCUUGAGGCUAUCAAGGAUCCAGAUGUUAUCACUAAUCAGAUAGCUCUCCUGGAAGCCCAGUGCCAUGAAAUGAAACCCAACCUUGGUGCGAUUGCGGAAUACAAGAAGAAGGAAGAGCUAUACUUGAAACGUGUGGCUGAACUGGACAACAUUACCAACGAGAGAGACAACUUCAGACAAGCUUUUGAAGACCUUAGGAAACAAAGGCUAAAUGAAUUCAUGGCAGGAUUUAAUGUAAUAACAAAUAAACUGAAGGAAAACUACCAGAUGCUUACUUUGGGAGGUGACGCUGAAUUAGAACUUGUGGACAGUCUGGAUCCCUUCUCUGAAGGAAUCAUGUUUAGUGUUCGGCCUCCGAAGAAAAGUUGGAAAAAGAUAUUUAACUUAUCAGGAGGAGAGAAGACUCUUAGUUCACUGGCUCUAGUUUUUGCUCUUCAUCAUUACAAGCCAACGCCACUUUAUUUUAUGGAUGAGAUUGAUGCAGCACUUGACUUCAAAAAUGUAUCUAUUGUAGCGUUUUACAUAUAUGAGCAAACAAAAAAUGCACAAUUUAUCAUCAUCUCCCUGCGAAACAACAUGUUUGAGAUUGCAGACAGAUUAAUUGGAAUUUAUAAGACUCACAAUACCACGAAAAGUGUGGCCACAAACCCCAAAAUUAUUGCAUCGAAAGGACUGGCUGAACUUGGCGCUCCUGCGUAUAGCAUAGCUCAAAAAUAAAGUGGAAUAAACUUCCUUUCUCAUUGCUGCUGUUUCCUUUCAGCUAAUAUACCUUUGUAUUUGAGAUUUUUUUAUUUUCUUUGAUCUUAUUAAUAGAACUGGCCUCA